UCAUUCACGUGUCUGUCAUUUAGAUUAGAUUCCUUCGUGCGUAUAGACUCCAGGAGACAGUUGUGUUUUCGUUGCAAAUUUAUAGGCUUACAUCAAGAAAGCUCAGGUUUAUUGUCGGGCAGUCAAUUCAAUUCUCGUAUUGGAUUCCGGGUGUUUUACCUUAAACUGCCAGUCAAUCAAUGCUUUAUAGUUUCCUGACUGACUGACUKACUAGCCAACUCGAAUGACUUCCCGUAUGGCAACAGUCGCACACUCCAGUCUUCUGUCCAUUUGAUACUGCAAGUCAAAUCUAGAAAUGCUUACAACUUAUGGAGUCCUUUUGAUAUUUUCUGUUACCAUUAAUCUAAGCGUUGGAGUUUAUUUUCUUCUUACCCCAUUGUUGGAGCAGUGCUUCAGGAAGACGAACUUAGCCUUUGGAGAAAGAAUCACUAAGCUGUUUGAAGAAAAACCAGGAAUUGUCUCCAGAUUUUUCAGGGAUCAGAUCUUCUCAAUUAUCAUCUUCAUCUAUGGAAUCACUCUACUGAUUGUCAGCGAUGUCUUUCAGAAUCCUUUUCUGGAAAUCUCCGAGCCUAUUUUGGCAGCCUUUGCUCUGGACCUUGGCCACUACGUGUACCGAUUUUUUCAGGAUAUCUUGCUAAGGAACUUCAUACCACUAUUUAAAAUCAAUCUAUUACAUCAUAUAGUGACUAUCUCGACUUAUGCGGUAUUUAUGCUGUAUAAACAAAACGCCAUCUCGGGUGUUAUUGGACUCUUAUUUGAAGGAAGUGCUAUCUUUUUUGACUUAUGUGGGUUCUUAAGAUCCCUGGGGAUCAGCAAGAACUCCUAUCUGUACAUAAAUUGUGUUAUAAUAGGAUUCAUAUUGACGAUUAUUUGCAGAGCUUUAUGUCCAUUAACAUUAUUAGUAGUAGUAUUUUUGAGUCAUAGCCCGUUAAGGAUGGAAUAUCUUCCCCUGGGAUUCUUCUUUAUGAACAUCGUAUUUUUUACAAUGGUUAAUGGUUGGCUUGUAAAAAGCUCGUUUGACAGUCUAAGACGAAGGAUUCUAUCACGACGGAUUCUUAACGAACUCUCAAGAUUUCGGAACGUCCGCGCCUUGGACGACAGUCAGGAGAUAACCCCUGGUGAGGUGGAACUCAAUAACUUAGGAGCAUCGAGACAACCUGUAAGGCAGCCUGUUACAAUCGUUAUACCAGCAGAUGAAAGCUUCAGGCUUGCGCCGCCUGUUUCUAAUCUUAAUAUGGACUAUAGUAGAGCUCUAGUUUCAAAUAUUACUGUAUCUCGUCAUGAAAGAACAUUGCCUAAUAUCAAUUAUAUUGUUAAUGAGACAUCGACGACUAUGCCAGACACGGCUUCUAUUACUUUAUCUCAAGAAUCGAAUACUUUUGUGUAAAGAAAUAAAGAAAGAAUUUAUCAUAGCGUUUAUAA